AUGACCACACGCAAGUUGGGGGUAGGCGUUGCCCAAAAUUUCAGCAACUCCCAACGCUUGCGGGUACUGGCUCCUUGGGGUUUCACAGGUCCAGUCUCCGACGUUGAGUGGAGAGAUGUACCCGUACGAGCGGAUGAAUACCGAUCACAAUCUCCAGCGUCCUCUUCGCAAGUCGUGGUUCCACAGACAACUACCUCGAAAGUUUAUGCGACGAGGUAUUAUAUUCGAGAUAGCAGAAGAAACAAUGUGUCUGAACUUCACGGUUCAACCUUCACAACUACAAAGAUAAGUAAGGAAACGCUCCGAGAUCUGGCAAAUACUCCUAUGGAUUCGGGACAGUACUACGGUCGUUUACGCAUUCGUGAGUGCGUGAGCCUUCUCGACGACCCCAGCGCUGGGUAUGCCUGA